AUGAUUUAUUCGCUGUUGCCCCAUGGCACCAGGACUUACGGAAUCCCCGUCUGUGUAGCUUUACCCAGUGCUCCUGAUACAAAUCACCCCAUACAAGAUCAAAUUGGUGACGAUCUAGUUGCAGAAACUAUACACUACAAAAAAAAAAUUGGAGACACUCAACACUAUCUCGUGAAGUGGAGGGAUGUCGAAGAACUUUCAUACGUGAGAGAUACAAUCGCACAUCAAAAGUUUCCGCAAGUGGUCAUCGCUUUUCUAGAGAGGCACCUUGUAUGGGACACAGUUUAUUAG